UAUUUUCAUUUGAGUUGAUCUCCAGUUUGUGUGUAGCAAUCGAGACAGAAAGAAAGAGAUGUAUCUAAAGACACCGUUUUGGAGGGACGGGGUGAACACCGGAACUCAGAACGAUUCGGAAUCGCCGGUGGCGGAGCUGGUUAACUCGCUAGAUAGGCAGAGACUGUACAGGGAGAUCACACUUGCACUCCGGACCGGACUAAACGACGCACGCGCUGAGUUCUCCUUUCUCCGAGUCCGCGCCUUGAACGCCAUCCUCAACUUCCUCCGAUCUGUAGCCGAGUCUGACGCCACCAUCAACCUCUUCUGCCACAGCCAAUCCAUCCCUGAGCUUCAAGUGGUUCCAGUGCUGUUUAAACAUUCACUCAGAGAACAUGAGGAUCAGAAUGUAGCGAGUCUUGACCAUAUAUUCACUGUUGAACCCAUGGAAAUAACCAGUCCUUCUACUGAUGCUGAAGUUGCCCUUGCACUUAGAGUUUUGGAGGGCUGCUGUCUGCUUCAUCAGGAGAGCACCAUUUUGGCACAUCAAUACAAGGCCAUUCCGGUAUUAAUGAACAUAUUAUCAAAUCGAGGGGUACUUGAGCAAGGUGCGUGCUUAGAUGCAUUGAUUUCAAUACUGCUGGAUUCAUCAACCAAUCAAAUGGAUUUUGAGGCUUGCAAUGGCAUAGAGGAAGUUGCUUUACUAAUACGAGACAAACAAGUAGAUGAAAACCUAAGGUUGAAAUGCGGAGAGUUUCUGUUGCUUCUCAUAGGGCAUGUGAAUGGGAGAGAUAAGUUACCCAUGGCAACAAUACACGAAGACGUAAGGAGGUUCCUAGGUGAAAAAUCUGCAUCAUUGAUAUGGGCAGCAAGCCAAUUCGGCUCAACCCUUGAUCCAGAACAGCGGUUAACAGCUCUGCACAUUCAAGCUCGCCGGGUGCUUGAAUCAAUCGAUCUAUACUGAAUGAACACAAGAAUCUCACUUCAGCAUAAAUGGCUGGCUCUCCUAGCUGUCCAAAAGCUACAGACAGAAACUCCCCCCUAUUACCUGGUUUGUUCCUCUUAGAAUAAAAAAACAGGGAAUGUGAUUAUAAAUUAUUUUCCUAGUAAAAGUAGACCAAGAAUCUAAUCUGCUUUAUCCUGGGACCACUCCUGGCCUUCAUUUCCAGAGAGGAAAAAAAAAAAGAUAUAUGCUUAUUAUAGGAGCAGAAUUAUGCAGGUCAAUGGUGUUUUGCAGCCUUGUUGAUUGCUGCUCCAUCAUUAUCUUAUUCUCGUGCCUUCACAUUGUCUCCACUAUGGACCUGCGCACGCGAUAAAUAAUACACCCUGCAAUUAUGUCAAUUCUACUAUGUCUUCAGUUCUCCAUCCACAGCAGUUGCAGACUGGUAAGAUCAUACUUGGUAGAUUGGUGUUACAACUUACAACACGUGAAAGUGGAAUAAUAUUCUUAAAGCCAGCCUUCCAACAGUACAAGGUUAUUUCCCAGCAUUCUCCAAAGUUUGGUGUAGAUUAUUUUUGUGAAAAUUAAAUGUUACAUGGAUCAAAUUUCGUAAAAGUCUUCCCACAUCAAACCACUAGUGUUUAUUAUUAUUAUUAUUUUUUUUG